UUUGCAUUCAAAUACCAAACAGAACCCUAAACCGAUCUCAAACCCUAGCUUGCAGAAUCAGAGAACGAUGACGCAAAAGGCGACACUUUUCAAGGGGCAAUCGAAGAAGAAAUCAGUUCCUCCCAAUCGACAUGGGAAAGCCCCUGUUACUCGCAAAGGAAGGAGAUUUAUGAAGUCAUCCAAGGUUACAAAGGAUAUGGAUGCUGAUAGGGAGGUUAGCAAAUUUAUUAACCAGUGCAAUGAGAUUAAAGCAGCGACUGCAGCUCAGAAGGAAGGUGGCCCAUUGAGCAUAGUUAAACUGCCAUCAGAGGCUGCAAGUGGUGCCCAGAAAUAGUUAAUUAUUCAGGGAUAGCUUUGAUGAUUGAAUAUGUAUCUUAUGAUGCUGCAUUGUUGUAAAUUGUCAAAAGAAAUUUUGAUAACCUCGUCUUUCUUUACAUUGCUUGAGUAUUUUGAGGGGGCAUUUAUUAGUUUGAAUUGCUCCUUGUAUUCCUUCUUUCUUUUGAAUUGGGGUUUUUGGGAUUUUGAAGUUUUCAUAGCCUUAUUCCAUGUUGGAAGUUACUGGGGUAAAUUUCGCCAAUUCAACAAAAAACUUUGAUUCCUUAUUUAAUGAUAAUGAACACUUCAGGCA